AUGCUUCGAGUAACAAGACCACUUAAAGCGUAUGUCCUUGGUCCAGGUGCCAUAGGAACUUUAGUUGCCCAUGAUUUAAAAAAAGAAUUUAAGGAAAUGUUAGAUGUAACCUUAUUAUGUCGAUUAAAUGCUAUUCAUGAUGGGAAUCUUAAUCUUGUUAGAUAUCAACGAGGUAAUAUUGAAAGAUCUACAGAAGUUGCAAGUCUUAUGUAUCCUAGUUCAAAUCAAUUAAAGCUUUCUACGUUUGAGAUUGAAAAUAUGUUGAUUACUACCAAAACAUACAUAACUCCAUUGGCACUUGAACCAUACCUUAGGGCAUUGAAUGAAGAUUCAAAUGUAUUACUUUUACAGAAUGGGAUGGGAGUAGUGGAGAUGUUGGAUGAGAUGUGGAUAGGUAAGAGACCAAACUUAUAUCAAGCUAUUACCACUCAUGGAGCAUAUAAACAAGGUAAAGAAGUUGUUCAUUCUGCCCAAGGUACAAUCACGAUUGCAAAACUACCCAAACCAGGGAUGUAUGGUAUGGAGCGAGAUACUGAUGAAGAGAUUCCGGACUUUAUAAAUAUGAUAUUAAAUACCAAGUCAUUACGAGCCCGAAUGGUCCCAUAUGAGAAGUUUUUAGUAUUACAAGCAGAGAAAUUUGUUGCCAAUUGUUGUAUUAACCCAUUAACGGCAAUCUUUGAUGUUAAUAAUGGAAGUUUAUUAUAUACAGAUCAUAUUGUGAAAAUAAUGAGAAGUAUAAUUAAAGAAGCUGUUUUGGUAUUAAAUGCAGAAUUUGAAGAAUUACGAAAUAGUUCAGAAGCUCAGAUCUUAUUGAAUCAAGAUCGACUUUUGAGUAAUGUGAUUGCAUUAUGUAAGGAUACUGAGGCGAAUAGUUCUUCAAUGAGACAAGAUAUUAGACAGUUGAAAGAACCUGAAUUGAGGAGUCUUAAUUCUCAAGUGGUAGAAUGGGGGUAUAAACAUCGUAUUGGUACGCCUGCUAAUAGAAUGAUAGCCCAAAUAGUUACGGCUAAGCUUGAUCUUCAUAAAGCUCUUGAUAGAAAAUCUUCUGAUGAGGCUUUGGAAAUAUGA